GCGAACUCGGCGCAGGAGUCUCCAGGCAGGAGGACAGAUGGAGGUAGUAGGUGACAGUUCCGUGUGCGCACCCGCUCGAAGGAUGCAGGACUUUGUGUCUGCGCUCCUCAAAACCGCGCUGGUGUCCCUGAUGCUGCUGCCGCGCUUCCUGCUGGCCGCCGCGCUGCUGUGGCUUCUCGACUUCGUCUGCAUCCGCAAGAAGGUGCUGGUGAAGAUGCGCGAGCGCGAGGGCUCGAGUCCUGACGACCCGCCGGUGACCGUGUCAGAGUCGAACCGGAUGUUCACGCUGGAGUCCCUGCGCGCCGUGUGGUACAGCCAGAAGUUGGACUUCUGCAAGGUGGCGCACUUGGGGCUGGCGGCACCGAACACCGAGGUGGUGCCGCUCGGAGAACGGAAGCGCGCGCGCAUACUGGACUACGCCCGCGGUCCGAGACCGCUCAUCCUGAACUUCGGCAGCUCCUCAUGACCGCCGUUCAUGACGCGCUUGGCCGCGUUCCGGCGCGUCGCCGACCAGUACGCAGACAUCGCCGACUCGCUGCUUGUGUACAUCGAGGAGGCGCAUCCGUCUGACGGCUGGGUGAGCACGGACGCCCCGUACCAGAUCCCGCGCCACCGCUGUAUAAAGGACCGGCUCAGAGCCGCGCGGCUCAUCAACGCCACCGUACCUGGCAGCGUCGUGGUCGUGGACACCAUGGACAACUCGUCCAACGCGGCGUACGGAGCCUACUUCGAGCGCCUGUACGUCAUCAAGGACGAGAAGGUGGUCUAUCAGGGAGGUCGGGGACCCGAGGGUUACCGCAUUUCUGAACUGAGGAACUGGCUCGAGCAGUAUCGGCAAGAGCUCGAAGGAUCCGGACCGGUCGUGGUUCAUGUCUAGAUGUUUGUUUGUUUGUUUGUUUGUUUUUAAGUAGAUGCCAGUCACUGUGUGCCAUGAAGAACCAAGAAAGCGGGCGUCCGAGAAGCUGCUAUGAACUGAAAGCAACAAUACACACUUGAACUUUUGUUCUCAUGCGCGCAUCUUGGAAAAGGUGUGUGUGUGUGUGUGUGUGUGUGUUGUUCAGUGAUGCAAACCGCAUGAUAAUUGUAAUUGUUUUGCCCUUUAAUCGUUUGCCUGUGUUUGAUGUAAAACUGUUCACAUUUCAUUUGAUGAUUAACUAUUCUUGUGUGUGUGUGUGUGUGUGUGUGUGUGGCCGUUGGACUGUGUCCUUAUAUUCUGGUGUUAUCAUGAAGUUCGGUUUUUAAAAGGAUUUGAUCCAGAAAACCGGUUCUGAUGUUUUCUAACACUAGAGCACUUGGUAACAGAAGAAUGGCCUCUUUUGUAAUUGCCAAACUUUGUUUUGUAAAAUGUGCAUAUUUUUUUAAAUAAAUGAUAGAACAGAGAA